AUCUCUGCACCAACAACUUAUUUGGAAUUUUCUUUUUUCCAAAUCCUAUACAUUUUGCCUAAUUUUCUUGAUUCUCUCUUCAACUUUUUCCUCCCCACCAAUAUAUGUGUGUGUAUAUAAAGAUAUUUGUAUGUAUACAUUAAGUUAGCCCCCCUCUUUCCCCAAGCCACCUUAUCUCUCCACCCCCAUCUCUUAAAAAUCAAGUCUUGGGGUGUUCUUGAAGGCACCCAGAGAGAGAGACCAGAGAGACAGAGAGAAACCAGAGAGACAGAGAGAGACUAGAGAGAGAGAUGGCAGCUGUUCUUCAAACAAGAGGGCUUCUGUCUUUACCUACCAAUCCCAAAAUCAAGUCUUUCAUCUCCCCACCAAAUGGUCUUAGAAACAGAAUUAGUCCCACAAACAAUUUGAAACCUAAAAAUCUGAGUGGCCUUUCUUUAUCUGUCAAUGGGCUGCCAAGAUUUCAAGGGUUUAUCACUAAACCUAGUUUGGUUGCCCAAAAGAACAAAACUUUUCAUGUUUGUAAGGCUGAGGCUGCUGCAGCAGCUGAUGGGCAACCACAGUUUAGUGAAAUUGAGGCACCCAAGUUUAUGGGUAUUGAAACAGUAACCCUUAAGAAAAUUGUGCCUCUUGGGUUGAUGUUCUUUUGCAUACUGUUUAAUUAUACAAUUCUUAGAGAUACUAAGGAUGUUCUGGUUGUGACAGCAAAAGGGUCUAGUGCUGAGAUUAUUCCCUUCUUAAAAACUUGGGUUAAUUUGCCUAUGGCUAUUGGUUUUAUGCUUGCGUAUUCUCAGUUGAGCAAUGUUUUGUCAAAACAGGCUCUUUUUUAUACUGUUAUGGUCCCUUUUAUAGCUUUCUUCGGGGCAUUUGGGUUUUUGUUGUACCCUCUUAGCGGUUACUUCCACCCCACUGCCCUUGCUGAUAAGCUUCUUGCUUCACUUGGUCCUCGUUUCCUUGGUCCGCUUGCAAUUUUGAGGAUCUGGAGCUUCUGUUUGUUCUAUGUCAUGGCUGAGCUUUGGGGAAGUGUUGUGGUGUCGGUGUUGUUUUGGGGAUUUGCUAAUCAGAUAACGACAGUGGAUGAAGCCAAAAAAUUCUACCCUCUGUUUGGACUCGGAGCUAAUGUUGCCCUCAUCUUCUCUGGCCGUACAGUCAAGUACUUCUCAAAUUUAAGGAAAAAUUUGGGCCCUGGUGUUGAUGGUUGGGCCCUCUCCCUCAAAGGAAUGAUGAGCAUUGUGGUUUUGAUGGGUCUUAUUAUAUGCGCUCUUUAUUGGUGGGUCAACGCUUAUGUUCCUCUUCCUACUCGUAGUAAAAAGAAGAAGGAAAAGCCGAAAAUGGGGACAAUGGAGAGCUUAAAAUUUUUGGUGUCGUCUAGUUACAUUAGGGAUCUUGCUACGUUGGUGGUUGCAUAUGGUAUAAGCAUCAACCUUGUGGAGGUUACAUGGAAAUCAAAGCUCAAAGCUCAGUUCCCAAGUCCAAAUGAAUACUCUUCUUUCAUGGGCGACUUCUCUACUGCUACCGGUAUUGCAACUUUUACAAUGAUGUUGCUAAGCCAGUGGAUAUUCAACAGAUAUGGCUGGGGAGUGGCAGCAACAGUUACACCCACAGUCUUGCUACUCACAGGAGUGGGAUUCUUCUCCUUACUUUUGUUCGGUGACCCGUUAGCACCUGCUCUUAUGAGUUUUGGGAUUACUCCGCUGCUAGCAGCGGUUUAUGUAGGCGCGAUUCAAAAUAUUUUCAGCAAGAGUGCCAAAUACAGCUUAUUUGAUCCUUGCAAAGAAAUGGCAUACAUUCCUUUGGAUGAAGACACUAAGGUCAAAGGAAAGGCUGCAAUUGAUGUUGUAUGCAAUCCUUUAGGGAAAUCCGGAGGUGCUUUGAUCCAGCAAUUCAUGAUCCUGACGUUUGGUUCACUUGCAAACUCAACUCCCUACCUUGGAGGAGUACUUCUAGUAAUCGUUGUUGCAUGGUUAGCGGCUGCCAGAUCGUUGGAUAAACAAUUUACUGCUCUUCGUCGUGAGGAAGAACUUGAAAAAGAGAUGGAGGAGGCCGCUGUGAAAAUACCAGUUAUCCCAGAAAAUGAAUCCGGGAACGGCACCAUCGGAGGGGGCCCCGAACUGAAACCAAUAGGAGGCGACUCCACCGGAGUUUCAUCUUAAAGCUCAGCGCCCUCCAAGGUUUACUGAUAUUUGUUGUUUAGUAACAGAACGGGAGAAGUACAAUUGUCGUGGUGAUAUAGGGAAAUCAUUAUUUGUAGGAAUAAUCAGAAAUUGUUGGAAGGAUUGUCUUCUUUUUACAGAAAUAAUCAUAACCAGGAUAGUAUGUUUGAUUAGGCUCAAUGUAGCUUUUUUAAAUGCUAUCGUAUAAUUGCCAUUAGUUUGUAUCGAAACAUAUUUGCUUGCUGAAAGAGUUUCUGUUAGAAGAUUCGGUUAA